AUGCGUCGGGUGCUGCCGCCGCUCCGCCGCUGGCUCGGGGGGCGGCCGGCCGGGCCCACAGGACUCCGCGGGCUCUGCAGCGCCGUCGCCGGCCUCGCCGCGCCGCCCCCCAGGGAGAGCGGAGGCGGCACCAAGCCCAACAUACCUACCUUUGGCUUCCUCUUCGACAUUGACGGGGUACUGGUACGAGGAAAGACUCCAAUUCCUGCUGCAAAAAAAGCCUUUCAAAAGCUAGUUAAUUCUCAGGGACAAUUCUUGGUGCCUGUAGUAUUUGUCACCAAUGCAGGAAACUGCCUUCGCCAGAAGAAAGCUGAUCAGUUGUCUCAUAUUUUGGGAGUGCCGAUUUCACAAGACCAAGUUGUGAUGUCUCAUAGUCCUUUACGGAUGUUCAAACGUUACCAUGACAAAUGCGUUCUGGUGUCGGGGCAAGGACCACUUCUUGAUAUUGCCAAAUAUCUGGGUUUUUGUCAGCCUAUUACCAUUGAUAUACUGCGUGAGACAUACCCUUUACUGGAUAUGGUUGACCAUGACAGACGGCCUAAAGUUUUGCAUUUGCCAGCUGUGGAACUUCCCAAAAUUGAGGCUGUUGUUUUGUUUGGCGAACCAGUCAGAUGGGAGACUAAUCUUCAACUGAUAAUAGAUGUUCUGCUGACAGCUGGCUGUCCUGGAAAGCCACAUCAUCAAGCCAGUUACCCACAUAUACCCGUGCUUGCUUGUAAUAUGGAUCUGAUGUGGAUGGCUGAAGCACAGUCUCCAAGAUUUGGGCAUGGAACAUUCAUGGUUUGUUUGGAAAAUAUUUACAAGAAGAUCACUGGCAAAGAACUGAAAUAUGAGGCCUUGAUGGGCAAACCCAGUGAACUGACCUAUCACUAUGCAGAGUACCUGAUUAGGAUGCAGGCAGCACAAAGACACUGGAAGAAGCCUAUUCAAACUCUUUAUGCCAUUGGGGACAACCUAAUGACUGAUAUCUAUGGUGCUAACCUUUAUAAUCGCUACCUUGAAGAGAAGAAUUCCAGAAAAGGUUCCAAAGGGCGUAUCCAGGCCAAAGUUGCUGCUGGGACCAGAUCUGCCACUAUUUCUCAGGAUGAUGAAAUAGACCACACUUGGCAAAAUGAACUAGCACCUGCUACUGCCACCAAUUGUAGGUCUGUUCUUGUUUGUACUGGGGUUUACAAUCCUCACACAGAGGUGCCCUCUGACACCAGAGAGAGUAUAACUGAGACUGUGUUCCAUGGUCACAGAGAUUUUAGAUUUGAUCCUGCUUUGGUAGAGCCAGACCAUAUUGUACCAGAUGUUGAUGCUGCUGUAGAUCUGAUCUACCAACUGGAGAAUUUUGCACCUAAUCAAGAUACUAGAACUUUUUAAGGAUUACCUAGUGUUCUUCAUCCAAAAGCACAUCAGGGUUUACAGCACAGUACAAAAUGUUGCUUUCUAACACGUUUAACCCUUUAACCUCAAUAUUUUAAAAUGCUUUCCUGAACUGGCCUCUCCUACGUAGCACACCAGAACUGGCCUUGUUUGUCAUAAUUACCUCCUGACAGUAAUGUUAUGAGGAAAGUAGAAUUUCCAUAUAUUUUAAAAUUUAUUAAUCACGUGUCUGACAUUUCUUCUGUCAAUUGUAUUUAACUGCAAACAAUGCAGUUGGUACCAGAGAGGUGCAACAGUGCAAACAAUGCAUAGUUUUUUACUUGAAACUUCAAACCAGUGUCGUUUCUAACCUGCCUUAGGUUUAAUAUGCAGCUGAGUUUGUCAUGUGUCUAAGUAUCAUAUGUUUGUUUUAACAGGUCACUAUUCCCAUGGCUGUUUGUUUUAAACAGAGAUUUAAUUUAUUUAGUCUGUUACCAUUUUUAUAAAACACUUCAACUGUUUUAACACAGAGAUUGUCUUCUGAAAUAUUAUUUAUAGCUUGCUCCGUUUAUAACACUGUAGGUCUACUUGCAAAGCAUGCUUUGCACGUCAUAUGUUGCAUGAGCAAAAAUAGCCAAAUUAACUAGCAAUUGUUGGACCAACAACAUAGAAACAUCAGUUAUUUGCAGGAUAUGCAAGUUCUCUUGCAACUUCAUACAUGGAAUCUUCUCUGGACUGGAAAAUUUUUUAUAGAUGAAAAUCCCAGGAUCUGCAACUAACUGUGUUUUUGUUUUGUUUUUUUAUACGGGUGAGACAUUAGAUCUGCUCUCUUUAGAUAGGAACCUGACAAUGUUCAGUGAAAAGACCUUCUGGCCAACUUUUCUUUUCACAUCUUCAUUUAAAUUAGCAGCAUGAAAUCGAGAAAGCUGUAAAGUCAUUGAGUGGUGGGGAGAGAAGAUUGAUGAUGUCAAAUCUUUUCAAGCAGUGUUUUUAUUACUCUUUGCAGACUUUUUGAGUCCGUUCUCUACCAUCAUCACUGCUGAUUCAGUGACUCCUAAUGUUGCCAUAAACAGACUCUAACAAAUAUUAACAGAAUCUAAUCUUCUAGAUUUAAUUACUUUGAUAUGAGUCGAGUGGGUUUCCUGCUCCUUCACUGAAAAAAGUACAACAGCAAUAAUGUGUACUUGUGGCUUGCCUUUACUGGUUCUUUCUGUUGUGACCAACCACAUGUGCCUCUUUCCUUAUCAGUAUGCUGUGCCAUCUAAGUGUACCAAACACUUAUAUGUUAGGGAAUUUUGAAAUGCCAGGAUUAUACUAUAGCUCUGCCACAUUUUAGUACUGAAGAGUGUUGCAGAAUUCUUUAACUCCUAAUGCAGGAAAGUGGCCUCAACAUACAUCAUGGAGAAAAGUGUGGAGGUUGAUGAAGGACAACAGAAAACGGUCUAGCUAAUGUUUGUUUUCGUGUGUGUG